AUCUUUUUCUUGCUGCAUUUUGGUUAUAGAACUUUUUGAUGUGCCUAAUUCGUCUUUGCCCUUGAUUCAUGGGAUUGGUGCAGUUACCAUUGGCCAGUGAUGUAGACCUGGAUGCCAUAGCUAGAAUGACCGAAGGAUUUAGUGGAGCUGACCUUCAAGCUCUUCUAUCAGAUGCACAGCUUGCUGCAGUUCAUGACAUUCUGAGCUGUGAAGAUGGCAGCAAGCCUGGGAAAAUGCCCGUCAUCACGGAUAGUCUCCUGAAAUCUAUUGCUUCUAAAGCAAGACCAUCAGUUUCGGAUGCUGAGAAGCAGCGAUUAUACAACAUUUACAGCCAGUUCUUUGAAUCAAAGAGAUCCGUUUCUGCACAGUCAAGAGAUGCAAAAGGCAAAAGGGUAACUCUAGCAUAAGGAUUAACCUGAUUUUGCAGUGUUGGAAGAGAUGCAAAACACGAACGUGCAAACUUAGCAUUACUACGAACCAACCAAGCUGACACUGCAGCGGAGUAAAUUAUUGGGAAUUCCAUUUUUUGUUCUUCCCUCUUUUCAAUAUCAUUGUAAUGAGUUUUCAUUUAUUUCUUAGCUUAGCAUGGAUCAUACAACAUAGCACUUGUACUUAUUAUAAGAAAUGGUAUAUGGCAGAUUCAUGUCUACCAGUUUAAGACUCUGUCUGUCUCUUUUUCUUUCUCUCUUUGAUUUGGCUCCAUUUACAAUUAAAAGAGCUUUAAAAAUUCCAGUUUUUGCUGUUAAGAC